CACUGCAGCGUUUCGCGCGAUGUUCAGUUUUUGUGUUGAUUCAGUGAAAUUUUGUUUGAUUUUCAUGACAUCUAGAAGCUGAAAUUGGGUUCGACAAAACAUUAAAAUUCUAGCAUCUGAGUACACCGGGUUGUUGAAUAGUAACGCAAAAAGCAAAAAUAAUUACGCCCUUCGUUACUUUUUAUAGUGUACAAAUCGGUUGGCUAGAAACUGUGCGGCUUUCCAAGUUUGGCGUGGUUUGUUUGGACCACGUUUCGGUUGCGGUUGUCAUAGUGAAAGCAACUUCCUUAAGCGGUUAACUGGUAGCUCGUAGUGCAACACGUCUGACCAAUUGAGCCCCGGUGAAUAACAACGGUUGACGAAAGCCGUAUCGAUUUUUCACAAAUAGUAUAACCACCAUGAAAGUGUUUGAUCGAAAUUAUGAGGACAAAAAGCAUAGUACAACAACUAUUUGUCUCGGAUUUGUUUUAAUAUCGGCCACCAAAGGAUUGAAACCGAAGAGUUGCAGUCGGUGGUGAACAUUCAAGGUCGCCGGACGUCGGAAAGCCAGACAAGUGCGCGUGAUUGGGUAAAGUGAUUAACGUAAACAAAUGCAAGGAAAUGGUGAAAAGUGCAACCUGCGGCUCAUGAAAGUGUUUGAAUAGUUCGGGCGAAGUGAAUCGUAUCUGAACUGAAGAUAUAUGUCGAAAACAUACAGUGAGAGUGAACAACGUUUCUAGGUGAUUUGCCGAAUGCAGAUAGCUUGUGAUCGGUAUAGGCGUGAAUUGGAAUUUUGUAGCUAUUUGUUACAAUUAACGGAAGGGAAAGCUGAAUGCAGCGGCCGCGGAUGCACCGGUGAUCAUGAAGCGUGAGAUCGGAUUAUGUACAUAUGUUUGCAUUUUCGGUUUGUUCCUGUUGCACCGUUUCGUAUAUACCGUUUGCAAUGAAGCCUCAUCAGUGUCAGCUUCAAUACCUGAGGAGGACUUUUCCACUGCUGAAGGCAUCCACACAACGGAAUCGGUAACAGAAAUUACCGAUAACAGCAUUUUAGUUAGUUCGGCGACGGCCAGACAUCAGCACAGGAAUGUUACGUUAGGCAUUGACACGCGAUCGCUGGCCAAUAACAGCGUCGAAGUGGUAGAAAAUGGAACAAGCGAGACCCCAGUGACAUCCGAAUUGUCGGACCAGGAUGUAACGGUUGCAUUGGGCUUCAAUAGAAUCGAAAAUCAGCUGGAUAAAGAUGUCCCCAAACAAGGAACGAUACAAACAUCAAACAGUUGUUCAAGCUACCAUCCGAACGGAAUUAUUAUUGAUUUGUCUCUUGGUGGAGCGUAUAGGUUUGCCACGAAUCAACGCCAAAUACAGCCAAAUGGGUCGCGCAAGAGUCGCGUAAAUGUAGGAGGAUGGAAAAGUGACAAUGACACGUUUGUGGAAAAUGGUUUUCUCCAUCCUGUUUAUUGGCUUGAGGGAAAUUACACUAUAUCGUUGCUCACAGAUCAACAUGAUUUUAGUGCUGUUCUGUUUACAGUCGAUCGGAUUAAUGAAUUGCAGCUUAUUGACGACGAAGGAACUUUGGGAUUAAGGGUGUUGUUAGUGCAAGAUGUGCCAAAUGUGCAAAAAAUGCUGGAAGAGGAAACGAAGUUUUUGAUGGAAUGUUUACCUGAAUCAAUCGGUAUCUUUAUUGCUCAAUCAAUUUGGUCAGACGUUCAGACGGCGGUGGACACGAUAGGUUAUAACAUUUUUCCCUAUCCCAACCCUAAUGAUCUUCUAUAUGCUAAGGCCGCUCAUUUGCUGUACGAAUUGCCCUGGUCCAACCCUAAUUCAUCGGUAGUGAUGCGCUCCGAGUCAGUGGAACGUACUGAUAGAUUCAUUUCAAUUUGUCGCCACGAGCAUCUAUGCUUGGAGAGCUUUCCAAGCAAUGAAACCAUUUUUGUGGUCCUGGGAUACUUCAAAUCGGAGAGCUAUAUUGGCAAUGAGACAAUGGUGGUAAUAUUAUCUGGUCGUGAUGAACUUUUUAUAUCAGAUCUCCCCGAAAAGUCCUACUUUAUUGCUGAAAAUUCAAUUCAGCUGUCGUCGCUUGAGGGUCAGGUUAACAUCUCCAGCGAUCGUUAUGGCUCGAAGCUGCUAGCUAGUGAAAUCAUAUCCUCGGGAUCAGUAUUCCUAGAGAUUGUGGACUUGUUAAAUUUACUCGAAAGCCAAAACUGCUCCGGAGUUUACAACGGCUCGUGCUGGAGUCGAAAUGAGACCCUGAGUAAUUGGAAGUACUACGCAAAAAUGUCUUCUCGGAAAAUAAUAUCGCAAUUGGAACUACAGAAUAUAACACAUCUGAUGACGUUCGAAAUGCGUCAGAAAUUCAGUCUGAAUGGCAGCGAACAGUUGUUGAAUUUGAAACCGAUCGCCAGCUCUAAUAUGGUCACGAACAUUACCACAGUCUACCAUUUGAACGGUUACGCGAAACAAGAUGAGUCGCGACUGAAAUUGGGUACUAUUUUUUUCUGCGCGAAAGAAUUCGAAAGUCGUCAUCCAGAUUUUGGACACCGCCACAGACCGGUUUAUUAUGGUAACGAUUACACUGAAAUGUAUUGGCAGAUCAAGCCGGAACCGUGGGUCGCUGCCGGGCUGACCGUUUCUUCGUUGGGAAUCUUAUUUUGCCUGGCAAUAUUGAUCUUCCUGCUUGUUCGCGUUUGUAUGGAUGAUGUCUUGGAAGGUAAUCCAAUGAGCAGUAUAUUGCUGUUGGUGAGUUUGAUUUUUCAAUUCGGAUCCUUCGUCCCGUUCGGUUUGGAAUACACGGGCUAUAUGCCGGAUCUCCUGCAUAAACCCGAUACUAUGUUGACGUGGAACACAUUGUGCACAAUAAAAAUAUUCCUCGUUUCGAUAAGCUACUGUACCACAUUUUCGUUGCUGCUCUGUCGAGCCAUCAUGCUUGCAUCCAUCGGAAGUGAAGGAGGAUUCCUGUCCCAUGUCAACGGUUAUCUACAGAGUGUAAUCUGUGUCUUCAGCACUUUGGUGCAACUUGGCCUUUCUGUUCAGCUGAUCAUCGUCUUACAUGCGAAGGCCCACUCAAUGUCUUGUAAUGAGAUUUAUUUUGGCAAUUGGUUCUGGGCGGUAAUCUCAUACGAUGGAUUGUUACUGGCGGCUCUGGUUCUCCUAUCACCCUUCAUAUUUAGAUCGCAGAGAAACUACCGCGAAGGGUUGCUUCUAGUCACAGGAUCGAUGCUUUGCCUAGUGAUUUGGUCAAUAUGGAUACCGUUAAGUAUGUUGGGUUACGAAUGGCGGGAAGCUGCCGUCUCUCUUGGGUUAACUGCUACGGCACUUGCCGUGUUAGUAGGGAUAAUGGUUCCGAGAUGCUUUCUGAUGAUACGAAGUAUUGCAAGAUCGGAUCUUGUUCAAGCGCUUCCUUCAUUAACUUCCCUUGCGUUUUCGCAAGCGAACCAGUACAUUUCGGAACAGAGCGUCUAUGAAUGUGUGAAUCCAGCAAUGCGCCAACAGCGAUCGAUGACGACGGAAACUUUUAUGGACCACGGCGUGGACGAUCCUUACAUGGCAACUAGUGAGAUACCUACCUUGCCACUGCGAGGUAAUCGACGAAUGCAGGACGUGAGUGAACAUGGAACGGCCAAUUUCUAUGGGAUCAGUAAUCCGUACAACUGUUCAGACUCGUUCAACUCCGAAAUUUCGCCAAACAAAAUAACUCGGUUUUAGUUGUACCUUUUAUAACCUUUUUAUCGUGAAAAACACUCCAAAGAAUUAACUUUUAAGAGACAUGUGCUGUUCGAAAAACUGUACAAUCUAUCAAUCUAGUCAAGGGUACUGCGCGAAUGACUUAUUGUGUCUGAGUUUUGUAUUUUAAGUUAUUUAUUGUAGUUUUAAAAGAUGAAUACCGCAAAUACCACAUAAAAUUUUGUUGCUUUAC